GUUACAUCUCUGAUCAGCAAGGCGUGUCAACCCUGCCUGUCGUCCAUCUCCAUUGAUUGGUUGCAGUUUGACGAAGACACGCCCCCCGUCGUACAGGCACCCAAUCAGAUUCGCUGUCUGUUCAAUGGCAGCAGACUGGUUGUCUACGGCUUUGUGCCAAACUGCACGAUGGCGAUGCUUCGCGCGCGCGUCGGAGGCAGGGAGGUGUCGACGGUGGUGUCUACGUCAGCGUUGGCGACGACAAGAGGACUCGUGCUGCAUCAGCUGACGGCCCGCGCCGUCAUCGACGACUGGGAGUGCGGCAGUCUCCAUGUCGACGGAGUGGAGCAUGAG